AUGGGCCGUUACUCGGGCAAGACGUGCCGGCUGCUCUUCAUGCUGGUCCUCACCGUGGUGUUCUUCGUGGCCGAGCUGGUGUCGGGCUACCUGGGCAACUCGAUCGCGCUGCUGUCCGACUCCUUCAACAUGCUGUCGGAUCUGAUCUCGCUGUGCGUGGGGCUGAGCGCCGGUUACAUCGCGCGGCGCCCUGGCCGGGGCUCCCGGGCCACCUUCGGCUACGCGCGCGCCGAGGUGGUGGGCGCGCUCAGCAACGCCGUCUUCCUCACCGCGCUCUGCUUCACCAUCUUCGUGCAGGCCGUGCUGCGCCUCGCCCGGCCCGAGCGCAUGGACGACCCCGAGCUGGUGCUCAUCGUCGGCGCCCUGGGGCUCGCCGUCAACCUGGUGGGGCUGCUCAUCUUCCAGGACUGCGCCGCCUGGUUCUCCUGCUGCGUCCCGGGCCUCCGCCGCCGCCUGCAGCAGCAGCAGCGACAGCUGGACCAGGGGGGUGCUUCGGGGGGACCCCAGGGCACGGAGGGCCAGCAGGAUGCGGUGACCCCCAGCGUCCCCGUCUCUGACUCCGCUGUGACCUUCCGGGGGGCUUCGGUGGAGAGCAAGCAGGAGAAGGGGGCGACCGUUUUCUCAAAUGUAGCAGGUGAUUCCCUGAGCACCCAGAAUGAACUGGAAGAGACUAUGAAAAAGGAGAAAAAGUCUGAAGCCCUGAAUAUCCGAGGCGUUCUUUUACAUGUGAUGGGAGAUGCGCUGGGGUCUGUGAUUGUGGUCAUCACUGCUGUCAUAUUCUACCUACGUCCCCUGACCGCUGAAGCGCCAUGUAACUGGCAGUGUUACAUUGACCCCAGCCUGACCAUCAUCAUGGUCAUCAUUAUUCUGUCAUCGGCCUUUCCGCUCAUCAAGGAGACUGCUGCCAUUCUGCUGCAGAUGGUCCCCAAGGGAGUCGACAUGGAAGAGCUGAUGAGCAAACUCUCUUCUGUGCCUGGAAUCAGCAGCAUGCAUGAAGUGCACAUCUGGGAACUUGUAAGUGGGAAGAUCAUUGCCACCCUGCACAUCAAGUACCAGCAGGACACAGGUUAUCAGGAUGCCAGCACAAAAAUUCGAGAAAUCUUUCACAAUGCAGGAAUCCACAACCUGACCAUUCAGUUUGAAAAGGUGGACUUGAAGGAGCCCCUGGAGCAGAAAGACUUACUGUUUCAAUGCAGCAGCCCCUGCAUCUCCAACGGCUGUGCUAAAAGGCUGUGCUGUCCUCCUGGAGCACUACCCCUGGCUCAUGUCAAUGGCUGUGCUGAGCACAAUGGUGGCCCUCCUCCAGAGAUAUAUCGAAGUAGAAGAGAAGCCACUGAAGUAGCCAUUGACGUGCCUUUGGAUGGCUGUCUGCAUGACCACGGACAAACUAUUAACAAAACUUGGGAGGAACAACAUUCUGAAAACAGUACACAUUUUUGA